GUUUGUCCCUCUGAGGCUCCAGUAGCAUCUCUUCCGGUGGACAAGCGGUGUGUUAGCGUUGUACGUGAAGGUCGUGAGUCCAGCCUGUGAUCCACCAUGUCUCUGCCAAAGCCUUUGAUGAGGGGGAUGCUGGCCAAGCGUCUGAAGUUUCACCUGCCCAUCUCCUUCGCUCUGGCUCUGGGGGCUGCGAUACUGUUCAAGUACACAGUGACGGAGCCCAGGAAACAGGCCUACGCUGAUUUCUACAAAAACUACGACUCGGUCAAGGAGUUCAACGCCAUGAGGGAGGCUGGCAUCUUCGAGAGCGUGCGGCCCUCAGGAGAGUGAAACCACUCUCUAGUUCCCCGUCACUGGUUCCUGGUCCGAGGAUGAAGUUCCUUCUCUUUGCUGUAAUUUACUGAUCAGAUGUGAACUUCGCUUUUCUGUUUUGUUCCUCUCAAUAAACUAUUCUAUUAAUGUAAAA